AUACUUCAGUUUAUACUCUAAAUUUUGGUUGUAACAAAAGCUUCCUCUUACUUUAAUUUUUUUGGAUGGAUUAAAAAUUGUGCACCACCAGUUUACCAUAAUUCGUUAGCAAUGGCCUUAGAUAAGCAGCAGAUAUUGAAUGAUUUAGGAAAUGUUAUGAAUCAACUUCAAAGUGCAGAUUGUGGUUGCAUGGGAAAAUUAUUCAACCAAGGUCAAGGUCAAGGGCAAAGACAAUGCAUGCCAUCUCAGGGGUACGGAGGUUGCUGCCGCCGGGGCUACGGGCAUCCGUGCUGUGGGGAGCCCUACACCAUGGGUGAAGGUAUGCCGGCUCAUGGCAGGCCUUGUAUGAGCUACUGCAAUGCCCCGAAACUUUACGCCGAUGGCUAUAAUUUCUUGAACCAAAGUGUAAUGCAGCCUGUCAUCAAGGAGGUGUAUGAAGACCUGAAAAGUCUGAAUUCGGGCAAUACUGUCUCAAAUAAUCCCCUUGGAGCCAAGAUGGGUCUCACACCGGGUGUCCCGACACUUCCUGCUGAUGGUAAUAUGAUGCAAAACCCACAGAUGGCAAAUAUGAAUGCAAAUUCUGGAGGUCAAGGUAGGGCUCGAGGUCACCCAAUGAUGCAGCAUAUGCAAAAUUAUCAAAUGUCUGGUGGUCAAAUGGCAGGGGGACAUCAAAUGGCAGGUGGUCAUCAAAUGGCAGGGGGUCAUGAAAUGACAGGUCAAAUGACAGGAGGUCAAAUGGCGGGGGGUCAACAAAUGGUCGGGGAUCAGCAAAUGUCCGGGGGCCAGCAAAUGCCCGGAAACUCACAGGGCUUGGCAAAUUUCAAUAAAAUGUUCCCUGGAAUAACGCAAGGUGAAGGAGGCGGUCUGAGUUUUAAUCCGAUGGAGAUUGCAAUGCAAAUGAAUCCGGCAUUAGCCAAACAACAACCCGGCAUGAACGCGCAAAGUGCAAUGCCAGGUACAGGUGGCGAAAUGAACCAGGCAGCCAAUGCUAUGCAGCCUGGGAUGAAUGCUACCGGAAUGAACUUUGCCCAGGGCCAAGCAGCGCAAAGCUACCAAGCACAAUCAAACCUUCCCAAUCAGGCAAUGCCAAACCAACAACAUCAAAAUAUGGCUGCAGCUGGUGGUCAACAAGCACAGCAAGUUUACGCCACACAAAAUCAGCUGCCUCCCAAUUUCCCACCUCAGGGUAUGAAUCAAAAUGCACACAUGGGAGGAAUGAAUGCCAAUCAAGGAGGCCAAAGAGGUAACUACGGUCAGCAUACACAAGGCAUCACCAAAUUUAAGGAAAUGUUCCCGGGCGUUAUGGAUGGCGAUGUCAACUUUGACCCCAUGGAAAUUGCUAUCCAAAUGAAUCCAGCUAAUAAACAAGCGGCUGCUAUGAGUUCUAUGCAAAAACUCAUGUCUGCCAAGCCUCUUGAGCCUAACUCUGCUGUUAUGAAACCAGUCAUGGCCGGUAUGAAUGCGGUGAAUGCCAACUUAGCUCAAAACCAAGCUGCGCCAGGCUCUCAAGCUCAACCAGACCAAGCAGCUGGUCAAGUACCACCAGAACAACAACAGCCAGUAGCCCAGCAACAAUAUACUACAAAUCAAGUACCAGCAAACCAGCAACAGUACUCGACCAAUCAAGUACCGCCAAACCAACAGUAUGCUGCUAAUCCAGCCUCUACCAGCCAACCGAACCAAUUGCAACCUCCACAACAAGUAUACACCGCUUAUACAGAUAACCAAGGUAACCAACAAGUGCCUCAGCAAGAAACUCAACAGAAUUAUCAAGAACCGCCAGCACCGAUGUCUCAAGGAUAUCCCAACCAGGUGCCCGGGGGCAGAGUAUAUGAAAGAGAACCUAUAUUCCCUGCUGAAACUUCAGGAUAUAAUACAUAUAAUACAUUGGGGCAGCCAAUAGAACUGUUACCGGCGCGGAAAUACCACAUGCCGGAACCAAAUUUACCACAAACCUUGUCGCCUCAAAAAGUUUCAUCGCGAUUAAGAGUGAAUAACAACGUCAAAUCGACUAUUAGUAAGACCUCUCUCUAUGCAAAGCAAGCUGGGCAAAGAACUCCAAGCAGGGCUCAGUUGCAGCAAGUCUACAACCAGUAUAAGGGAUCGCAAUCAUACACUAAUCAGAACAUUCCGACUAGGGAUCCUAGAGGUCAGACGACAUCUGACGGCCGGCUGGCAGGCGCGGGUGCUCCAGCGACGGGGAGGAGCCAGAUACCCGUGGAGAGAGUAGGAGGAGAUACGGUUGCGAACAAUCAAGUCGUUAAUGAGCCUGUGAAAGGUCAUGUCGUUGGUCAAGUUGGAGACGUCUCUAAUAAACCAGCUCCAGUUCCUGGCAAUGUUGAUUUGACACCAACUAAAAGCGGCAACGUAAGGAACGGGCUCCAAGACAUGGUGUACACUGCGUAUCCCCAUUCUACUGCCUGGUCGUUCCAUGGGCGUAGUGACCAGGUUCCUGUGCAGAGAUACCGUUUAAGAGCUUAAAUUUUCACACCAGAGGAUCUACAAACUACUCAUUCUAUCAUCCAAAGCAGAUAUCGAAGUUUCGGAUAUCAUCUUUACUUUCUGUAGAUCCUCGAAUUUCAGUGCGCGUCUUGUGAAGUUAUUGUUGAAGUGAAGUGGUGAACUGGUGGACAGUUCUAGUCGUAUUUAUUUUGUGAAAAUUGUGGACUGAAAAUAUAAAAAAUAUCGCAUCGUUUAAAUGAUAAAACUUAAAAAAUAAAGUAAUUGUGGUCGUA